AUGAGAUUCAAAGCCUCAAUCAGGAACAUUCAUACCUUCACCAGACUAACCGCGUCCCUCUCCUUACUCGGCAAAGAUGUCUGGCUUCAGCUCAACAACGAGCAGCUGCGCUUCACUGUUGUCCCAGAGCAGGGCAGUCAAGUGUGGGCGGUCCUUGCCAUAGAUACAAUUUUCGAAACCUACACCAUCCAGUCCGCCAUCGAAAACAACACUAUAAACCUCCGCAUACCUCUCGCCUCCCUCCACCGCGCCCUUCGUUCCGCCCUCACGGCGUCCUCAGCCUCUAUCCGUUUAACGAAGAAAGACAACAUACCCCUGCUGUCUCUGACCAUCAUCACCAACACCUUGAACUCCUCGCGCCCCCCUACAUCCAUUACAACCACAACCCUAAACUCGGACAACGCCCCCUUCCCCGUCGAUGACGCCUCCAACAACAAUGAAUCCCUCGGCGACCCAAACCCCGGCUUCUUCCCACACGAUCGAGAAACGACCAUCACGCAAGACAUACCCGUCAUGGUCCUCGCCGCCGCCACGGUAGCGAGUAUACACGAGCCCCAAUGUCCCCAACCCGACGUUCACAUCAUGCUCCCGUCCCUGCUCCAGCUCAAAGCAAUCUCCGAACGCUUCACCAAGCUCGCCCUCUCAACCUCCACCUCGGCCACCAACCGCGGCCGCGCGCCCGACGCCCUGUCCUCCCAGUCGCGCCUCACGCUGUCGGCGAACGCUCAUGGUGUGUUGAGGAUCGGAGUGGAGACGCCGGGUCUAAAGAUCGAGAGUAAAUGGGAGGGGCUGACGAAUCCGGAAUUGGAUCCCGAACAGGUUGAAGGAGGGGAGGAGGGCGUGAGGGGACAUGCGAGUACGAGGAUGAAGGAAAGAGAAGGGGCCGAGGCGUGGAGUGUGGUUAGGGUUGAGGGGAGGGAUUGGGGGAGGGUGCUUGGGGUGGGACGGUUGGGAGGACGGGUCAUCGCAUGUUUCUGCCACGAGCACGCUUUAAUUCUUUACGUCUACCUCUCCGGCGACGAUACGGAAUCUGUCCUGACAUCCAUCAGACCAGCGGUGCAUGAGAGCGGGCUCCUGCCCCUCGAAGCCGCCACCCUGCAAAGCUUCUCGCGCUGGUAUUCCGCCAUCGCAAGGUACACGUCCGGCGCAUCGGAUCUCCACCCUCACGCGUCCCUCACGCCCGUGUUGGCCAAAGCGAUCCCCGUUGUAUCUUUGCCCAUCUGCUGGCCUGGAUUCAGAAAUUACAAAAGUAAAUUUUCCGCAGCGUUGGAUCUCGCCCACGGGGCGACGCUAGCGGCGUCUUUGGAAACGCCUACCUUAAGUGAGACCGUUUACGCCUCUGCCAGUGCACUUCCAGAUAUGUGGCGGUUCUGA